CUACUCCACCACGAUGCACCUAGUCACGGUCGCUACGUGCCAGCUCCGCCAGUGGGCGCUCGACUUCACGGGCAACUGCGAGCGCAUCCUCGCGUCCAUCGCGAUCGCCAAGGCGCGCGGCGCGACGCUGCGCGUGGGCCCAGAGCUCGAGGUGCCAGGCUAUGGCUGUCUCGACCACUUCCUCGAGGGCGACAUCAUCCUCCACUCGUGGGAGGUGCUCGGGCAGAUCCUCCAGAGCCCCGACGCGCAGGGCAUCGUCUGCGAUAUCGGCAUGCCCAUUACCCACAAGAACAGCAACUACAACUGCAGAGUCAUCAUCUACAAUGGCAAGAUUGUGCUCAUUCGCCCCAAGAUGUGGAUGGCCAACGACGGCAACUACCGCGAGCUUCGUCACUUCACCCCUUGGGACAAGCACCGCCAGACGGAGAAGCACUCUCUCCCUGGCAUUAUCCGCAAGAUCACCGGGCAGACCCACGUUCCCUUCGGCGACGCCGUCGUCACGACCGAGGACACGGUCAUUGGCGUCGAGACCUGCGAGGAGCUCUUCACACCCAACUCCCCCCACAUCGCCAUGGGCCUGGAUGGUGUCGAGAUCUUCACCAACUCGUCGGCGAGCCACCACGAGCUGAGGAAGCUCAACCGCCGCGUCGAGCUGAUCAAGGAGGCGACCAUGAAGCUCGGCGGCAUCUACCUCUACGCCAACCAGCAGGGAUGUGACGGCGACAGGCUGUACUACGACGGCGCGUCGCUUAUCGCCCUUAAUGGCCAGAUCCUCGCCCGCGGCUCGCAGUUCUCGCUCAACGAAGUCGAGGUCGUCACCGCCACGAUCGACCUUGAGGCCGUCCGUGCCCACCGUACUGGCUCCAGCCGACGCAUGCAGGCCGCCCAGACGGAGCCGUUUGAGCGGUACUAUGUCGACACGCGCCUCGACGGCGGUCAGGGCCUGCGUAUCGGCGAGGAGGAGACCAAGGCGCCUGGCAAGGUCGACAUUGUGUACCACACUCCCGAGGAGGAGAUUGCACUCGGCCCCGCAUGUUGGCUGUGGGACUACCUCCGCCGCUCGAAGACACAGGGAUACUUUGUCCCCUUGAGUGGUGGUAUCGACUCGUGCGCGACGGCUGUUAUCGUCCACUCGAUGUGUCGUCUUGUUGCCAAGGCCGCGGCCGAGGGAAACAAGCAGGUCAUUGCCGACGCCCGCCGCAUGACUGGCGAGCCAGAGGACUCUGCCUACCUCCCCACCGACGCCAAGGAGUUCUGCAACCGCAUCUUCCACACCUGCUACAUGGGCACGCAGAACUCGAGCGCCGAGACGCGCAAGAGGGCCAAGGACCUCGCCGAGGCCAUUGGGGCCUACCACGUCGACCUCAACAUGGACACGGCAGUCGCUGCCGUUACUGGCAUCUUCUCCAUGUUCACGGGCAAGACGCCCCAGUUCAAGGUCCACGGUGGCUCCAAUGCCGAGAACCUCGCGCUGCAGAACAUCCAGGCCCGACUCCGCAUGGUUAUUGGCUACACUUUUGCUCAGCUCCUCCCCUGGGCGCGCGGCAAAGUCGGUGGCCUCCUCGUCCUUGGCAGUGCCAACGUCGACGAGAGCUUGCGCGGCUACCUGACGAAAUACGACUGCUCGAGCGCCGACGUCAACCCCAUCGGCGGUAUCUCCAAGACCGACCUGAAGCGCUUCAUCGCGUACGCGCAGAAGGAGUUUGACCUGCCCAUCCUCGCGAGCUUCCUCGACGCUGUCCCGUCCGCCGAGCUCAUCCCCCUUGGCGAGGGCACGACCGUCCAGUCGGACGAGGUCGAGAUGGGCAUGACGUACGACGAGCUCUCGGUCUUCGGCCGCCUGCGCAAGGUGGAGAAGUGCGGACCGUUCAGCAUGUUCGGAAAGCUUGUGCAGGAGUGGGGCACGUUCUUGUCGCCAACAGAGAUUGCCGACAAGGUCAAGCACUUCUGGUUCACGCACGCCAUCAACCGUCACAAGAUGACGACUCUCACGCCAUCGGUUCACAUGGAAUCCUACAGCCCCGAAGACAACCGCUUCGACAUGCGCCCCUUCCUCUACCCGUCGCGCUUCGACCACCAGUUCGCCAAGAUCGACGCGCUGGCCGCCGCGUUGCCCAACCGCGCCACCCAGCCCGGCUCGGACAAGGCAAAGGUCGACUAACUAGUCGUAGUAGCACCGGAUUCAUACAUACAAUGUGCAUUAGAAGCGCUCUCGUGCGGCAUGACAAUUGUGAUAUACAGUGGCUGUCUGUGACUCCAAGAAUGCUGGGAUCCACCCAUCUAGAUACGGCCCGUCGACCUGCCCGCGCCCUUGGCAAUGUUGCCGGCCUUGUCGGCGAGGUUGGCCGCGUAGUUUGCAGUAAGGUUGCCGAGGUUUGUGAGGUUGGCCGCCAGGCCGCCCUUGUUGCCCUGCACCUUGACCAUGAUGGUCGGUUCUGGCGGGUCGGUAAUGUUGUCGUCGGCGACGCGGCGCCUGAUUAUGUCCAUGAUAUCCGAGACGCCCGAGCGGUCGAGGUCGUCGCGGGCGCGGAGGAGCGCCUCGACAAACCCGAACUGCGGGCCGUGCAUCUGCGCAAAGGAAUAGUAGUCCAUAAAGACCAUCUCCUCGGACGCAGAGAGCAUGGACGCGACCUGGUCCAUGACCUGGAAGUUUACCUCGAGCUCGGCGGGCGCCUUGUGCUUGGCGAAGAAGUCGAACGCGGCCGCCACGUCGUUCUGGAAGCGCGUCGACGCCAUCGGCAUGCGGAGCGAGUUUGCGGGCGCGCGCCGGAUAGACGUCAGGUACAUGAUCAGGAAGGCGUCGAGCAUGUCCUCGACGAGAAUGUCGUAGAUUGACGGGUUGAGGUGCGACUGGUAGUCUGACAAGUAGUCGCGCAUUGUCUCGAUAAUCUGCUGCAGCAGGCCGUCCUGGUACCAUGCCUGCUGGAAGAGCUGGCGCGUGGCCGGCCGCAGGUCGUUGAACACAAAGCUGACAAGCGCGGCGUUGCACUGCUUCGCGACGUCGAGGUAGCCGUCGAUCGCCUCGUUGAGCCGCUCGACAAUCACGCCCUUGUACUUGUCCGACACGAGGGGCUCGAGGCGCGCCUGCAGCGCCUCGGUGUAGUCUGCUGCGCGGAGCUGGUCGUUGGCGAGGGCCAUGACGUACUCGACCAGGCCUUCGGGGAUCUCGUCGGGCUUCUUCUCGGCCUGGGCGCGCGCCUCGCUGCCCACAAGCUGCACCCACUCGGCCUGCGUGCGCCGCAUGACCUUGGCCGACUCGGUCACGACGCGCGACAGUACCGCGCCCUGGUUCGAGUCGAGCGCCAGGUCGAUCUGCUGGUUGACGAGCUGGAAGAAGUCGUUGACGCCGUCCAUGCCGUACAGCUCGUCGACCAUUGACGGCGCCGUCGUGCGUAGGCGGAACUUGGCCGUCUCUUCCUUUUGCAGGUUGAUGGUCCACUCGUCGAGCUUGGUGACGAUGAGCCGCACGUAGUCUUCGAUAAGGUCCUGCGACUUGCCGUCGAGGAGCGGUGGUUGCAGCCACGCGGACGGCACCUCGAGCUCCUUCAUGUUCUUGCGGUACUCCUUUGUCCAGCCGUGCAGCUCGAGGAGCACCUCGGCUGGCGGAUCAGACGCCACCGCCUUGCGGAGGAUGGUGUUCAGGCCGCCAUGGUACCGCUUGAUGAGCCACUGGACAACCUCAUAGUCGGGCGGGAAGAGGGGCUCGACGUCGUGCUUGAUGCGGAUAAUGUCCUUGUAGAUGAACUGCAAGCUGUCGAUGAAGCCGAGCAGGUCGUUGUGGUUCGCCUCGAACCGCUCGUCGUACGCGCGCUUGAUCGACGACUCCAUCGCGUCGAGCAGCUUGUGCCGGUAGUUCUUGAUAUGCCGAGCCGCAGCUGCAUUGUUGCGAAAGUUGGACUGGGCGUCGGGCUGGGCGGCCUUGCGCAUGAGCUUCAUCGCCACGGCCUUCUGGUCCUCCUUGCCCUCAAACUCGACAAUCUUGAGCAGGCGGACGACGGUUCCGCCGUAACCCGCGCGCGAGAGCUCGAUGAUGCUGCCGCCCAGCUGCCAGAGCCAGUCGUCAAAGUCGUGCCCGAGCUGCUCGAGCGGCUGGAACCAUGCCUUGAGCACUUUCAUGUCGGCAGAAUCUCCACGCUUGGCAGCGUGCAGCGUCUCGCCCAUGAACGUCUCGAGCUGGUGCAGCUGAAAGUGGAUGGGCAACAGGUUGGCGCUUGGGCCGAUCGGCCCGCCGUCCUGGUGCAUGUCCUGCUGCAGCAUGUCGGUGAGGCGAUAGACCUUGUCGGCCAUGGACUGGAGCUGCGAGACCAUCUUGGCCGUCUGGGCAAAGUUUCUGUGGACCGUCGAGACGCGCGUGAUCUUGUCGAAUGCCUCGCCCUCGUCCUUGUUGUUCUUGAGCUUUUCAAUCUCGAUCAUCUCUUCGCGGAUCAUGGACGCGGCGGACCGAGACUCCUGGAGUUUGAGAAGCGCGUCUCGUGUUGCGCUCAGCUGGGCGCGCAUGCCCUCUGUGAGCUUUGCAUCGAGCGUCGACUUCUCCUUGAGGAGCUUGUUGCGAUAGGCGGUGAGCUUGACGAGGUCGUCUGGCUGGCGGAGCACCUCGCCGACCGCCACCGAGGCCGAGUAGGUCGCCAUGGUUGUGCGUCGCGCGGUGCGAGCUGGGUGUGUGGGCGUGUGUGCAAGGUGCUGGUUGUGGAUGUUGUUGCCGG